UAUGCCGCGAAAACCCGGCAGCUUCGGCAGAUAUCGACCCAACUGCACCAGUGAAGGCAGAGACACAGACGAUACGUGUCUCUGCACACCUGUCUUUGUCUGUGUGGCUGCCUGGCUGCUCACCACGUCAAAGAGGAGGAAGUCCCAGAAUAGCAGCACGUGGAACCAGCCCGACGAUUGAAAGAACCGCACAGACGACUCCAACUCGCUCGCAAUGCCGGGAAGUAUAAGGAACGUUAUCAGCCAAUUCGCCACCAUGACCAUCAGCCACGGCCACACUCGUGCCAGCGUCACCAAGGGCGCCAUCAGCGCAGAGGCCGGCUUCUCGUCUUCAAGUGGCGCGAUCCGCGUGUGCGUGCUGAUUAUCAGAGGCUGGUCGUCGGCUGUCGAUCCGUCUCUCCCUUUCGUCUUGACUCGCACCACAUCAGGAUGCGUGUCGACCUGGCAGACGUAGAGGCACAGCGUGAGAAGGUAAAAAGACAAGAGCUCCGCCGUCCAGACGUAGGCCGCCGUGCGGUGGUCGGCAAAGGCUAUCUUUGUGAGCAUCUUGGAAAUCGACGCGACCAGCCCGCUCACCCCGAUCCCCACCACAAACGACUGCAUAUACCUCUCCGGCAAAGCCCCGCACAGCCCGGCAAUCGAGCCGUGGGAGAAGGCGUGCGCCGUGCCGGCGACCCCACAGGCGAUGGCCACGGCAUCAACCGACGUUAGAAAGACGAACGAUGCCAGCGAGGCCGCCUGCAGGAUGAGUGCGGGGACGAUCUUGGCGGGGUAGGGGAUGGAGCUGCCGAUACACACCACUAUGAGGCCGGUGGCGAAGUUGGCCACCUUGUAGACCGUUGAGAAGGUGUACUCGACGUUCUGCCCGGGGAACACCUGGCGGAAGAAAUCAACGUACAUCAGCAGCUGCCCCCAGUCCAACACAGCAAAGGAGAGAGGGGACAACACACACAUCCAUCCAUCCAUCCAUCCAUCCAUUCUUUUUCUUCGUCUUUUGCGUGUCCGCUUACGGCGUAGAACGUCAGCACCACCGCCACACCUGCCCACACAAUCGAGAUGACAAGAUCUCCGCGCUUCCAUGUCGCUCUGUUUGUUCCCCCAUGGUUGUUGCCCCCCCAUCGCUCACCGAGAAGCGCCAUGGUGUAAUCCAACAGAUCUACCUUCACAUAUCUGCCUGCACCCAUUGGGAAUCAACGAGGAACCUUUUUGCAGCGGGGGG